CUAAAGAAAGUGAAAGAGCCCUUCCUAAAAAUUAGGAAUUCCUUUGCUGAGCAAAAUUGUGGAUUAAUUCUACAAUCCAUUAGACGCAAGAAGCAUACCAAGCCACGAGUGCCUCCUACAAGGAUAAAUAAUGUGUAUGAUAUUGAAGGACCAAUCACAGACGCAGAGAUAGCUAAGCAGUUUGUCUAUUCUUUAAACAGUGCUGAAAGAAAACAUCUGUAUGCUGAGUUGGCCAGAUUCCAUGGAGAUGACACUUCUGUGCCUGGUGUUGAUCCUCAGCUAGAGCCACCAACACGUCAACAGUUGAAGCAAGUUUUGCUGCACCAGAUGUUUCCUUUCAUCGGCUUUGGCUUUCUCGACAACUUCUUGAUGAUAGUCGCAGGUGAAUAUAUUGACGUGACACUUGGCGUGACCUUGGGUAUCAGCACUAUGGCAGCUGCAGCACUUGGGAAUUUGAUAUCUGAUGUAGCUGGUCUAGGGUCGGCCCACUAUGUAGAAAACUGGGCUGCCAAGAUUGGUGUAAAGAAUCCUCACCUCAGCCCCACACAAGUGGACAUUGGCAGCACAAAGUGGGCUUCCAACAUGGGCAAGGUGAUUGGAGUGACCAUUGGCUGUCUGCUGGGCAUGAUGCCCCUUCUUUUCUUUAAGGAUGAGAAAAAAAAGGUGGAUGAGGAUAAAACUGAAGCUAAUUAAUGAACUAAUUCCAUGGAUCCACUAGACUAUUUAUUGUAGUGGUCUUCACUAGACUCUUGUCCUAUGUUGCCUAUUGUUUUCCUAAUCUAUUCCCAUGACAAUCAGGUUUUUCCCAUGACUUUGACUGACAUCAGACUUCCCUUACCAAAUGUUGUAUCAUCAAUCAUGUAUCAAGUUUUCCCAUGACUUUGACUGACAUCAGACUUCCCUUACCAAAUGUUGUAUCAUCAAUCAUGUAUCAAGUUUUUCCCAUGACUUUGACUGACAUCAGACUUCCCUUACCAAAUGUUGUAUCAUCAAUCAUGUAUCAAGUUUAUAGUAAUUAUAGAAAGUCUGGGCUAUCUCAAUUUACUCACUGACAUCAACUUGGGGGUAUAAUAAUGUGUUAGUUGGAGCUUUACAUUUUAAUCUUGUUUGUAGCCAGUCAUCUAGUUUGUACAUUGAUGGCUGUAGCCAGUCAUCUAGUUUGUACAUUGAUGGCCAACCCAUGUUAGUUAAUAAGACAAUAGCUCACCUUUGGACAGGAAACUUUUUAAUUUGAUGGUUGUGAACUUAUUUAUUUUGACAAGUUCAAUGUUGAACUCUUAAGUGUCAGACUAUGUGUUGUGUCACCAGGAGUUGUUGUUUUUCAAUGUUUCUGUAUGUGGCACACUUUGGAAAGAUAAAUAAAUCCUCACACUGCA